AUGCACAUCAUCCGUACGCAGCUUCGGGUCACGGUCAUUUUACUGAUUCGGGCUGUCUGUGCUGCAAAUAUCAUCCCCGAGAAUGAGAGAUGCGUCACCGCUGUGUAUACUGCCCUCGGCUAUGUCUCGUUUACCGGGGAGCCCGCUGUCGGGGCAUGGAAUAUUCGGUGUCAUAAUCCCUUGAUGGUUACGUCCAUCUACGCGGCGGCCGAGGAGUAUUGUGGGGGAAAUGAGCAGACAGCUGGAUUUGUACAGUUGAACUCUUACUGUGAAAAGCUCACUCACACGGAACUUCUCCCAAGGGAAAAUGUGGCUGAGAAUCUAACGGACGAGAAUGUGCGAAAGAUCAGAGUUGUCGAGUUUCAGGAGCUCUCUCGUACGAACAAAAUCGACUAUCCUGUUCUCGUCUCUCCUGCAUACUAUGGGCGAACAUUUAACACCAUCGAUAUAUGGCAACUCGAAAUAUGGGCCCAUCAUGCCUACGGUUACUUGGGCUAUCUCUACUGGGGCUGUAUUCUUCUAGCCGGAACCAUAUACCGGCUAUUUCAUCAUGCCAACCUAUCGCCUCGGACAAAGACAGCCACAACUACGUCUUCGUUUAUAUUCUUCAAUUUUAUCCGAAAAUCAUAUCAGUGGACCCAAAAACAUCUAAUCAUUGCAUUCCCACUCAAAUCGCCCAAGCGAACGGUGCUUUGGUUCGAACUGCCGACUCGAAUUGACGCACUUGUCAUUGCUGGGUUUUGGCUACUCUCCAUAUUUUUAACUUGUAUUACAUACCCACUUUUUAAAGAUAACAUCUAUUGGCCAAGCCCUCAGGAUCAACUCCUCCGGUAUGCAGCAGACAGAACGGGCAUCAUGUCCUUUGCAAACUUGCCUUUGAUUUGGCUAUUCGCAGGAAGAAACAAUAUUUUUCAAUGGGCCACGGGCUGGAGUUUCGCCACGUUCAACAUCUUCCAUCGACAUGUUGCUUGGAUCACUACCAUCCAGGCAGUCAUCCAUACGGCUUUAUAUUUAGUUUUGUUUUAUCAAACAUCAUCAAGAAAACUCUGGAAGCAGCUUAACAAAAGUUACAUAAUCUGGGGUACCGUGGCUACAGUUGCAAUGGUAGCCAUCCUUCCUUUGGCUGUAAACCGGAUUCGAAAGCAGUCGUAUGAAUUUUUCCUGCUUGUCCAUAUAGCAUUUUCUGUAGCAACGAUAUUUGGUUGUUUCUAUCACAUUAUUAUCUUUGAGGACGAAGGAUACGAGUACUAUCUGUGGCCCGCCGUGAUUAUCUGGAGCUUUGACCGAGUUCUACGCCUGAUCCGCGUGCUAUACUGCAAUUUUUACGUCCAUUUCCGCCGAGCAAAACUUGAAUAUACCAACAGCGUUGCAUUUUACGAUGAGGCAUCAAAUGUGGUCAGAUUAGAAGUCAUCCCGGCUUCCUUAAACCACCAGCCAACUGCUUCCAGCUACUAUUAUUUAUAUCAGCCUUUCCGGUUUCGGGGCUGGGAAAACCAUCCUUUUACACUGGGUUCAUGGACAUAUACAAACACGAAAGACGAUGAGUUUAAUUCAAAUCUCAAAUCAACGGAAUUUGUGGACGUCUCUCAAAUCCCUCUUCUCUCGUCACCGGACCAAGAAGAACGCGACGAGAACACCGUGUCAAGGGACUCGAAGACAAGUCAAAUUCAAAAGCCAAAACUUAUCUUUUGGAUCCGCCCGUACGAUGGAUGGACACGUUCGCUUCGAAACCAGUGUCUCGCAUCGGCUGAUAGGACCAUCCGUCCAAAGAUCUUUCUCGAGGGACCGUACGGGGAGCCAUUUCCUAUUGAAAACUACAACUCAGUAUUGCUUAUUGCGGGUGGCACUGGCAUUGCCUGCGCAGUGCCUUAUAUCAAAGAGCAAAUCCGACAAUCAGAAGUCAUUCGCGACGGCAUAGAGUCCCCCCGUCGCGAUAUUCACCUCGUGUGGGCGGCAAGAGAGACCUCCUUUAUAGUUGAUGUCGUGACGCGAGAAUUGCAAUCAACACUACCACGAGAAGAAUUCAGCGCGACGUUGCACUCGACAUUUGCAACAAGCAGUGAGGUUGUCAAGAUUCCGUCCCAUAAUAACGCCGCUACGCAUGACAUAGACAUAGAUAUCCGGCCAGGCAGGCCUGAUUUGCAUCAAAUCAUUUUAGAACAUGCCCGAGAAGCGAGCAUUACCAAAACGUCCACGGCCAUUGUCGUUUCCGGCCCGACGAAGAUGGCAGAUGAAGCGCGUGCUGCAGUGCACGAUGCAAUGCACAAAGGUUAUCAAGGCUUAGUAUUUAAGGAGGAGUCGUUUAGCUGGUAA